AAUUUCCGAGGCAUCCUUUCCUUUGUUCCGUGGCAAAACAUCUCGAAAGUGCUUCGCUCGCGCUAGCCGUGUGGAUUCCACCGAGGGAUUCGGUUAAAGUGACCAGUGGGUUUCUUCAGAGCAGACAAGACCAAACAACAGUCAAAGUGCCAAAUAUCGUCUCGACGUAAAUUCCCCCAAAAAAUCGUUGGGAGCAAAAAAAGGAGGAAGAGGAGAGCGCGAAGAAAGUUGCCAAAGGCACCGAGUGCGAUCCUCCUGGUAAACAAGGAGAAGGAGACGGUCUAGCCGCCAAGGAUCGAAGGAAGACGCGGCAAAAACAUGAGCGAGGCUGCUCCAAAGUCCCAGGGCAAGACGGUGCCCGAUGGCUCGCCAGCUCGCAUGGAAGCCGGCGAUGGCGGUGGCACCUGCGGAGAUGGAGACUCGAUGGUGGGUGGCGGUAAUUCCGAGAAGAAGGCCGAAUACGAGACGAAUCUCUUCCUCUAUAGCGAAGAGAUGGAAGUCCGGCCUCGAAUCUCCACGCUGCUCAACAGCCUGUCAGACUACAGCAACACGAUUCCAGCCGCGACCGAUCCGGAUGCCAAAACUCCACCUGUUCAGGGGGGAGCACGAAUGGGCACCCUGAUCGGUGUCUUCCUGCCCUGCAUCCAGAACAUCUUCGGUGUGAUUCUCUUCAUUCGUUUGACCUGGGUCGUUGGCACCGCUGGCGCCAUUCAAGGUUUCUUCAUCGUGUUGUGUUGUUGCUGCGUGACGAUGCUGACGGCCAUCAGUAUGAGUGCGAUCGCGACCAACGGCGUGGUACCAGCCGGAGGCUCCUACUUCAUGAUAUCCAGAAGUUUAGGGCCGGAAUUUGGUGGCGCUGUGGGGAUGCUCUUCUACACGGGUACCACCUUGGCCGCUGCCAUGUACAUCAUCGGUGCCGUGGAAAUUGUCUUGACUUACAUGGCGCCAUCGCUCAGUAUAUUCGGAGACUUCACCAAAGACCCAAACAUCAUGUACAACAACUUUCGAGUAUACGGAACGGGUCUGCUGAUGGUAAUGGGCACCAUCGUGUUCGUCGGCGUCAAGUUUGUCAACAAGUUUGCCUCGGUGGCCCUAGCCUGCGUUAUCCUCUCCAUCGUGGCCGUCUACGUGGGCUUAUUCUACAACAUCUACGGCAACGAAUCCCUCAAAUUGUGCGUUCUCGGUAGACGGUUGUUGAAGGAUAUCAACGUGCUGACCGACUGCAACAAGAACGUGAGCGGAACUCUUCAUCGACUUUACUGCGGAAACAACACCGGCAAGUGCGAUCCUUACUACCUGGAAAACAACGUGACCAUCAAGAAUGGAAUUCGUGGAUUGGCCAGUGGCGUGUUCUUAGAGAACAUAUGGGACAGCUUCCAAGAGGAAGGCCAGUUGAUCGCCUUCGGAAGCGACCCCAAGGACGUCGACCUGAUGGCUCCGUCCUCGUUCAAUCAGAUCCAGGUCGAUCUCACCACUACCUUCACCAUUCUCAUCGGUAUCUUCUUCCCUUCGGUCACAGGAAUCAUGGCUGGCUCGAACAGAUCCGGCGACCUGGCCGAUGCCCAAAAGUCAAUUCCCAUCGGCACCAUCUGCGCCAUUUUGACAACCUCGACGGUGUAUCUCUCCAGCGUGUUACUGUUCGCCGGCACGGUGGACAAUCUUCUGCUGCGAGACAAGUUUGGCCAGAGUAUCGGUGGCAAGCUGGUGGUAGCGAACAUGGCCUGGCCGAAUCAAUGGGUCAUCCUGAUCGGUUCGUUCCUGUCGACCCUCGGCGCUGGACUUCAAUCACUGACGGGGGCUCCCCGAUUGCUUCAAGCCAUCGCGAAGGACAGCAUCAUCCCGUUCCUCACUCCGUUCGCCACCAGCUCGAGUCGCGGCGAACCCACCAGGGCUCUCGUGCUGACAGUGCUCAUCUGUCAGUGCGGCAUUCUUCUCGGCAACGUCGACUACCUGGCUCCGUUGUUGUCCAUGUUCUUCCUCAUGUGCUACGGCUUCGUGAACCUCGCCUGCGCCCUGCAGACUCUCCUCAGAACACCCAACUGGCGGCCGAGGUUCAAGUAUUACCACUGGAGUCUCUCCUUCGUCGGGCUGUCCCUCUGCAUCGCCAUCAUGUUCAUGACCAGCUGGUACUACGCGCUGCUGGCCAUGGGAAUGGCUGGCUGCAUCUACAAGUACAUCGAGUAUCGCGGCGCCGAGAAGGAAUGGGGCGACGGGAUUCGCGGUCUCGCUCUGUCGGCCGCUCGCUACUCCCUGUUGAGACUGGAGGAAGGACCGCCUCACACGAAGAACUGGCGGCCGCAGAUUCUCAUCUUGGCCAAGCUGACGGACGACCUGGUGCCCAAGUAUCGCAAGUUGUUCGCGUUUGCCAGUCAGCUGAAGGCUGGCAAAGGUCUCACCAUCUGCGUCAGCUGCAUUGCCGGCGACUACAUACAAAACACCGGCAAGACGCUCGCUGCCAAGGUGAAUCUGCGCAAGACGUUCGCGGAGGAGAAGGUGAAGGGAUUCGUGGACGUAUUGGUCGCCAGAGACGUGGUCGACGGUCUCAGUUCGUUGAUUCAAACGACCGGACUCGGUGGAAUGAAGCCCAACACCGUGAUCCUCGGAUGGCCCUAUCGCUGGAAGCAGUCGCAGGAAGAAAGGAAUUGGAGGGGAUUUUUGCAGACUGUCAGGGCGGUGGCGGCAGCCCGGAUGGCCCUCUUGGUGCCGAAGGGGAUCAACUUUUUCCCCGACUCGACGGAGAAAGUCGUCGGUAACAUCGACGUCUGGUGGAUCGUUCACGACGGCGGUCUUCUGAUGCUGUUGCCGUUCCUGCUCAAGCAACAUCGCACCUGGAAAAAUUGCAAAAUGAGGAUCUUCACCGUCGCCCAGAUGGAGGACAAUUCUAUCCAGAUGAAGAAGGAUUUGAAAAAGUUCCUUUACGACCUGAGGAUCGAGGCCGAGGUGGAGAUUGUUGAGAUGAUGGAUUCCGACAUAUCCGCGUACACCUACGAGAGAACGCUGAUGAUGGAGCAGAGGAACCAGAUGCUGAGGGAGCUGCGGCUGAACAAGAAGGAGUCCCUAGGAGUGGUGCAGACAUUGGUGGACUUCAACGAGGUACCCGCUGAAGAAAAUUUACCUCUGGUGCAGGCGAUCGUGGACCAUCACCACAACGUGGACGUGAAGGUGGCCACCAAGGUGAGAUUCCAGGAACCUGGAAGCCAAAAUUCAAACGUGGUGGACGAGGCGCAGGAGAAACUGGUGCAAGAGACGGAGGGCGGCAAAGAGGGGGAGGAGACAGGAGAGGCUAACGAAACCGGGGAUGAAGCGAAGGAGGACAACGAGGAGGAAACGAAAUUGAUCGGCGGAUCGCCGAAACAGGAGAACAAGGAGAACACGGAGAAGGAGGCAAAAGAGAACGAGGAGAAGAAGGCUGACAGUCCGGAAUCGAAGAAACCUACAAUUACACCAGACGAGGGCAACGUCAGACGUAUGCACACUUCCAUCAAAUUGAACGAGGUGAUUGUAAAGAAGAGCAAAAACGCUCAGUUGGUCAUCCUGAAUCUUCCUGGACCGCCCAGAGAUACCAAAAUGGAACGUGAAUCAAACUAUAUGGAAUUCUUAGAAGUUCUCACCGAGGGUCUCGAGAGAGUGCUGAUGGUACGUGGCGGCGGACGGGAGGUGAUCACCAUCUACUCGUGAACUAGAUCGACUGGAAUCGAAGUAAUCGCCUCGCGACAGCGGACAUCUAGUUUACUUCUGAAAGACCUAAACGACUUCACCCUACGGAACACGUGCCGUUCUCUUGUGCCAUUGUCUCAGCAGUCUUACGCGUUGCGCGUCGCGCGUCGCGCGUUCCGCCUUGUGAACGAACACAUCUUCAUACACAUACACACACUCACAGCCGGUUAAUCGACGAAGAGGAACGCUGUUGAUUGACGCCAAUCGACAUGACGCUGUUUCCGCGGGUACGAGCUACCUUCGAGAGGCCGCUACGAGAAUGUCGAUCGAAAGGACGACGUUGGUCAGAAGAAGAGAAACGUUUGGUAAAGAAAGAAAGAAAGAAUGAAAGAAAGAAAGAAAGAAAGAAAGAAAGAGACGCUGACCCUCGACAAGAAGGCCAAAAAUGACAUGCCAAAGGAUAAAAUCAUUUCCUUCGAGCGAAUUUUACGCGUAAUUUAGAAUACAUACGUAGGAUCUGUCUCAUUUUACACUCGUCCCUUUUCUCCACGAGGCUAGAGAGACUUUGAAACAAAACAAAACAAAACAAAACAAAACAUAACAAAACAAACACAAAAACCAAAAAGAGAGAGGAAAAAAAAAAGAAGAAAAGAGAAAAAAGAAAAGGAGGAAGAAAAACGUUGUGGUUUUUAUCCGUGUUACACGUCGUGCGAUCGCGCGAUAGUUUGCACUUAUUGUCGGGCUGCAUACUGAACAUACUUCCUAGACUUCGUCAGUACACGAUCGAUGGGUUAGAUUCUCAAAUCUCUUUUCAUUUCAAAGAGGAACAAGAGCAGAGGCUGGAAAUAUCUCGGAAUUUCUCGGGUGAUAUCGUCAUCGACGGAAUCCGAAAGGAAGAAUCGAAAUCGAAAGGAAAUUCGACGCGAAAUUCGAGGAGUUUCCGUCGAACGAAACAAAAGGCCGACGCGUUUCGCGAGCAUGUAAACACAAAAAGGAGAAUGUAACUCACUAGCGGUACCGGCUCCGACGAUUGCGCACCCCAACUCAUUUCAAAACUGAAAUCAAAAUUUUUUGGUCCGAGGCUAAGAUCGAAGCAUCUACGAAAACCACUGCCAGAAUACUUUCUAAAUGCUUCGCGUUUAACCAAAGACGCGAGAGGCUCAUUUUUCUACACGCAUUGUCGUUAUAGAGAGUAUAAUAGGUACUUGUGUAUAAUUCUACCGCUUGUAGGUGAACUUAGGGUAGCCUAGGAUAGCGCGGUCAAGGGUGUGGGAUACGUCGGCGAGAGGAGGGCGCGUGUGCAACGUGCAUUUGGAUUGGCACGAACACGUCACAUUGGCAGCGCACGCACCGCGGAUUGAGAAAAAAGAAAAGACACGUAGUACGUUGACUGUGUCUGUGCGGGUCCUUGCAAUCCUUGCACGACGAGAACGAAUCAAAUUGAUAUCUGCGUGAUAUGUACGAGGAGAUGGUCGUACCAGAAGAAAUCGACGCACCAGAGGCAAGUGCGUCACUGCCAAAAAAGGAAACGGAAGGAAAGCAAAAUAUAUUCUCGGAACCGUACCUGUCGGAGAUCCGUACUCGCAAGGAUCGAUGCUAACGGGAGAAAAA